GAUACGUCGCAGCGGAAAUGGAGUCGGGAACACUGGCAAGAGUGUUGCACGACUUCCUUACCACCGUCGACGGAGAACUAAGCCUUUCUAAAGGACAUUAUUUCCUGAUACAUGAAAUCAUAGAUAAGCAUUGGUGCUUCGGUCAGUCUCAAGACAGAGUUGGCAGGUUUCCUUUGAGCCAUUUGCAUAAAGUGGAAAUUCCUCAACUGAGUGAGACAGAAGAACUGUUUGUCGCUCUAAUUGGUUUUCCUGGACAAGAAACUGGAGACCUGUCCUUUGCACAAGGAGAACUCAUAAUUGGAACAAGGAAUAUUGGUUCAGGAUGGUAUGUGGGCAGGACAAGUUUGAAAAAUGGUAUUUUUCCAACAACACAUACAUGGCAACUUGAUACAAUGUUGAUAAAGAAAACAAUGAAAAAGAAAUCAAUAAGAAAAAAAGCCAAAGUAAAGACAACAUUGAAAGCUCAACUUGACGAAGAGUUGGAUCUAACCGCAGGAGAGAUGAUCAUUGUCACAGAAAUUUUGGAUGAUGGUUGGUGUCGUGGAGUUACAGAAGAUGGUAGAGAAGGCAUAUUGCCAGAAGGAUUUAUAUUCUACGUAGAUGCAGAUGAAGACACAAUCGAUCAGGGAGAAGUAACGUCCACAACAAAGAGUAAUUUUGCACCUUCCUCAACAUCUUGCGAUAACACAAUUUACAAAGAUUUUGGCGAAAGUCCUUCCAUCAAUUCCUACAUGAACUUAUUCAAUGAGCCUGCUCCAAGCUACUUCGAUUUGUUCCCAGAGGCUUUAUCAUCAACUAAUGAUACAAGUGACACACAGUGCAGUACUCAUAUGAGUUCCGACGACGUUAAGCCGUAUGCUAUAACAUUAUAUCCAUUUAAUGCGCAGUUUCCAAACGAGCUAAGUUUCGGAAUGGGUGAAGUGGUGCAUCUCACCAGGCACAUCGAUACCGAAUGGAUGGAGGGUAUAAUCGAUAAUGCGAGAGGCAUUUUUCCAUCAUCUUAUGUCAAUAUUAUAGUCGAUUGUGCGGAAUCUAAUCAGAAUCAAGUUCAGUCUGAAGUAAUUCCUGCGAAAAAAGAUGCUUUAGAGUCGGGCGCUACUGUAAAAGUGCGAUUCACUUUUGAAGCCCAGAUGGAUGGUGAUUUGAGUGUCCACGAGGGAGAAGUUGUUACUGUGGUAGAAAUGGCUAACGAGGAUUGGGUGAAUGUGAAGGAUAAAAAUGGCCUGAUCGGUUUGUGUCCGCGAGAAUACUUGAAUUCAGUGUCCGAGCAUUCCUCGGACAGCUUGCAGGAAUCGAAUUUGGAAGAAUUCGAAGAUUUUGUGUUGGUUAGGCAUAAGGAAGCGAGUGCCGUCGUGCACGAGGAAGAAAAACCAAAAAGAAUGUCGCAACCACACAGGCCAGCACCACCAGCUCCGGCUCCAGGUAGAGUGCCAUUACAGAGAGAAGCUAUUGUAAAUGGAGAAGUGUCCGCUCAGGAAACUCAAGAAAAUGAACCUGCAAUGAGUAAUCCAAUUGAUAUGAAGCAAAAGCGCGCGGAUCAGCGACAAAAUGUAAUAUCGGAGUUAGUUAUGACAGAGAAGGAAUACGUUCGCGAUUUAAAGUUGACAUACGAGACAUUUAAUUUACAUAAUCCGAGUUUUCUCCAAUCGAAAGGGAUCGAUGUCGCUACGUUGUUUGGAAAUAUUUUGGAAGUUAUUCAUGUUGCUGAAGAAUUACUGGAUAUGGUCUUGAAAACAAUGAAAGGCUGUGACGAAAACUUCCAAAUGGUCGGGCCUUGUUUUGUGAAAAUGGCUGAGAAAUUGAAAAAUGUUUAUGUUAAGUAUUGUGGAAAUCAUGAAGCAGCGUUAAUUUUAUUAAAAAAGUAUGAAAAUAACGAAGAGAUCAUGAAAGUAUUUAACAAAGGUAUCGAGACAUUACGUCGCCAAGUUGCUUGCUUUGAUAUGAGCUCCAUCCUGAUAAAACCGGUUCAAAGAAUUUUGAAGUAUCCGCUAAUGUUAUAUGAAUUAAUAAAGUGUACGGAAGAUGAUCAUCCAGAUAAAGCGACUACAGAAGAAGCAUGGCAGGUUAUGACAAAUGUAGCCAGUUACAUCAACGAGUACAAACGCAGGAGAGAUAUCGUGUCCAAAUAUUUAGACAAUGAUAACACUUUAAUUGGCAAAAUGUCGAAAUUAAGUAUGCAUUCUGUGGCGAAAAUGUCUACAAGGCUAAGCACAAAAUUGUCGGCGACUCUAGGACUGACAAAUGUCGCGAGCGAUACCGAAUUCGAGGAGCUUGAAAAACAAUUUCACUCUAUAGAGAAAUGUACGUGGCAAUUGGCAAAAGACGUUGAGCAAUGUACCGUGCAUUUGAACGAAGAAGCCAUGUCUGGUGAAGUGAUAGCCGAAUUUCUGGCUCAUUAUUAUCAGGGAACUCCAACUGCUGAGGUAAAAAAAUUGCGACAUAUCAGAUCAACAAUUUGGUCUCAAUACGUGCAGGAUUUCAAGUCAUGUAUCGAAAAGAGGGUCAGCGCGCCGUUACAUCUCUUAACUACUCUGUUAGAAGGACCAGCGGUGUUAGUAGCGAAGAGACGCGACAAGUUGCUGGAUUACGACGCUGCUAUUUCUAGGAGUGAGAAAUAUAAAGAAUCAAAAAUUGUUCAAGAAGAAUUAUUUACUGCCAAGAGUAAUUACGAAGCAAUGAAUCAGCAGUUGCUGGAGGAAUUACCGAUGUUACUUGACGCCGCGACGAAUAUUUUAGUCAAUUGCAUAAGCACUUUCGCGGGCGCCCGAAAAUUGCUAAGCGGAAGAAUUACUCAGCAAUAUUUGACUCUUUGCGAGACGUCGCCGCAAUUAUCAUCGCAAGAUGUGCUGGAGUCUUUUCUUGUAAAUCAUAAUUUAGUGUGGAAUCAAAUAACACGCUUUGCGUUCGCUGGCACAAAUCCUCGAAUCGAGGAGAGCCAAUCACAGUUGUGCACGCAAACUGAAAAGCAGAGAUCCUUGCUUAGAGAGAAAUAUACAAUAGACAAGUUAUAUGUGGUGGUUGAAGACGUUGCCAGCACUUCCGCGCUGGAUGUAGCUGCUGCGAAAAACACGUUGAUCGCGGCCAUAAAAAAGCAGGAUCCGAUGGGAGAUACAGCGAGGUGGUACGUCGACACUGGAGUCACUCAGGGAUUUUUGCCCUCUCAAAAGCUGAGACCGGUUCAGCGGCAGAGCCAGCACCAAGAUCAAAUCGCGUCGGACGUCGUUGGUACUGCGAAGAAGAACUCCAGUCCUCCGAAUUUGAUGUCGCUGGAUUCCCCGGAGAAGGAAAUCAUCAAGGCGUCUCAAUCGCAUCUGCAAGAUUUGCUAUCGUUAGAUGUGAAUCAAGAGCCGAGAGUAAAUCACAGUUAUAGCAACAUUCCGGAAGCACCGAGAGUACAGGUGUAUCAAAAUAUACAUAGCGAAUUUUAUUACGCGAUGUACGAUUUUGCUGGGAACAUGCCGGGUACAUUGCCGAUCACUACCGGCCAAGCCCUGAGACUGCUCCGACCUCACGACGAGAAAGGAAACAACGAGUGGUGGCUCGUAGAGAAUCGUGACGGUAAACAAGGCUACGUUCCGCGAAAUUAUUUAAGUUCGACAAUUGAACUAAAGUCAUAGCUAAAGCCAUAAUGAUGAAGAUGAAAUCAAACUAUAAAGCACAAGUUUUACAUUUAUAAUAUUACAAUCAUACUGUAAGAUCGUGACAAUUAAUUUCCUUGAAAAAUUGUUAAUGAAAUUUCGAUAUUAGUUCUGAUCUAUAAUUGGAUUCAGCUGUGAUUUUUCCACAAAGUAUAUAAUACAUAUUAUUAAUAUAUAGUAUAAUAUAGUAAAUUAAUUGAUGAAGAAGCUUAUAAAUUCUUUUCAUUUAAUUGAAAUGCAAAAAAAGAGCUUUAUUCUGGUCUGAUUAAUCUUACAGGUUUAAAAAGAUAAUUAAUUAGAAUUCGAAUGUAUCCACGCGUCAAUACUCGAGGAUAAUUUUUGAACUUCUCAUUAGAGUACUUAGGUUUAUACAUGUUUCAUAUUUAUAGAAUUUUUUAAGAUUUUUACACAUUUAUCAUUCGUUUUAUUGUUAUAUGCGUGUAUAAACAGUGUAUAUAGUGUAUAUAGUAUUUUAUCGAAAAUAACACGUUUCUUCUGUGAUGCUUGAAUUAUAAUUAAUUUUACAGAAUUAAUAAUUAAUAUCAUUGUAAAGGAAAUUAUACAUAUGUUCUUGCCUAACAAAAUAAUGUUCUAGUAAAAUAUUUUUGUUAUAUAUGCCGCAAGCUCAUCGAUAUACAAACUUCUGAUUUUUUCUAUUUCUAUAGAAGAAUACGAAGAACAUUUCUCUCAAUGCACUGUUAUGCUUAAACUGAUCUUUAUAUUACUUUUUCGAGUGCAAUUUCUAAUGUAUAUUUGUAUAGUGUUAUAUUUGUCGAAAAUUAUACAUUACA